AUGCUGUCUAGCAUCAUUACCCGCGCGCGGCCCACGGCCACCAUUGCCAAGCUCGCCGGCGGCGUCUUCGUCGCUGGCUUCGCAGCCAAAUACACAAUGGGCAUGGCGCAUGCCGAAUCACCGCAGCCACCGUCACCGCCGCCGAACAAGGUCUUUGGACGCGCUGGCCUGGCGCUCGUGUCGCUGGUGCUGGAAGAUGCGCAAAUGGUCAACCACAACACUCGGCGCCUGCGGUUUCGCUUCGAGGACAAGGAGGCUGUCAGUGGAUUGCCAUUGACGUCGGCUUUGUUGACGUAUGCGUGGCCCAAGGGCAGCUGGACACCUGUGCUUCGACCGUACACGCCCAUUACGCCAGCAGAUGAGACUGGGCAUCUAGACCUGCUCGUCAAGCAGUACCCCGACGGCAAGUCCAGCACGCACCUGCACGGCCUGCAGCCCGGCCAGACGCUCUUCUUCGUCGCGCCCCUCGCCGGCCACCGCUGGCAGGCCAACUCGUACAAGCACGUCACCCUCAUCGCCGGCGGCGCCGGCAUCACGCCCAUCUACCAGCUCGCGCGCGGCAUCCUCGACAACCCGGCCGACAAGACGGCCGUGACGGUCGUCUUUGGCGUCAACAGCGACCGCGACGUGCUCUUCCAAAAGGAGUUUGACGCGUACCAGGCCAGGUUCCCGGGGCGGUUCCGCGCCGUGUACACGGUGAGCGAGCCGGUCGCGGACUCGCCGCACCGCAAGGGCCGCGUGACGCGGGAGCUCCUGGAGGAGGUGGCGCCGAGGCCGGGGCCGGAGAGCAUGGUGUUUGUGAGCGGCCCGCCGGGGAUGGAGACGGCGCUGGUGGGAUCGCGAACGGAAAAGGGGGUGCUGGAGAAGUAUGGAUACAGCAAGGCGCAGAUUUACCAGUUUUGA